AUGCUCUUCAAACAAUGGAAUGAACUUGCAGAACCAAGGCAUCAGCUAAAUGUCCCCUCCAUAUUCGGGAAUAACGGUUCGUUACAUGAAAGUCCUGUUCCUAAGGUUGAUAUAAACUGUCCAGAUGUACACAGAUUCAGUAAAGUAAUUAUUACAACAGCAAUAAUGAGCCCAUUGUUCCCUAGCACUUUAUUACAGUUAGAAGAGGUGGGGCAGUUGACCGCAAACCUGGAACUAGAGAAAGAAAGUAUUUCAGACCAACCUGUACAUUCGUGGGAUUUCGAUGAGAAUUUCCCGAAUCAAGUUGGUCCCAAAGAUUCUACAGAAAGUAUCAGCAAUGAAUAUACUUUUACAACAGCAAUUAUGGCUUUUAGCGACACGCUUUUGAUAAUUGUGAAAGAAAACUUCCUCAAGGUGUCACCAAUUGUUGUGAAUCAAGUUUCAAAAGAGCUAGUCAAAUUGCUUUCCAGGACAAACAGUAACGUCUCAAUAAUCGUUCUUGGAACGUCAGAUCAAUUAUUAGAAUUGAAGCCUAUUUCGAACACAUUCUGCAGUUUACAACCACCGGAAUUUGUCACAGGAUUUGUGGGUUCUGUAUUAUCACAAUUAGUUACUGCCUCGCUGCCAUUUGAAGGGUUCAUUGCACCCAGUGAAGGUCCCGUGGGCUUUGAAAAAAUGACAUUAGAAACCAUGGAGAAUCUAGUUGAAGCUUUCAAUAAAUGGAUACCCGUUGGGGUGCUUAAUUAUGCAGACGAAUGCUAUCGUCGCUGGAGAUUAGACGGUUGUGCCAGUGGCGCACAAUCAGGUCUUUACAUUUGA